UUAUGAUGGAAUCUGAGGUACCUGUUGUUUCUACAACAUCUUCAGGCAAUUUAAUGGAUUCAAAAAUUGAAGUGGAAAAUGCUGAUGCGAAUAAUCUUGUUGAUGAAGGUGAUAAUAAUGCAAAUUCUAAUAAACAAAUGACUCAUGAUGAUAUAUCCAAUAAAACUGAGGCAAGCGAAGAGAAUGAUGGAGUUCAACUUAUUGAAGGACUGACAAAGCCUUCAUCUGCUUUGGAAAAAGUUGAUUUUGUUCGAGAUUCGCGUAAUCGCGUAAAACUUUAUGUUCUUUGUGAUCAACGUGCUUGGGAUGAUCGAGGUACAGGGCAUGUUGCAUGCCUUCCUUCGCCAGAAAGCAAUAAUACUUGGUGCAUUGUUGUUCGAUUGGAGUCUAAUGAACGCAAUGUAUUGGAAUCAAAAAUUUUACAAGAAACUACUUAUCAAAAACAGCAAGGCACUUUAAUCGUUUGGUCGGAGACAGAGUCGGUGGAUUUGGCAUUGAGUUUUCAGGAGAAAGCUGGUUGUACAGAAUUAUGGGAAAAAAUCUGUAAAAUACAAGGCAGAGACCCCGAUGCUGAAACUGAACUGGAAGAUAACGAAUGUGAUGAUCAGGAUGUUCCAAGCGACAGCAGCACUUCUGUUGUUUCUAAUGCUACAGGAGUUCCGCCAUGCAAUUUACAAAAUCUUGGCGAACUUGAGCAAGCUCUUUCAAAUUCAAUGUUUGCUAAUAGUCAACGUGAGAAAAUGGCCAAUGCAAUUCUUCAGAACAGUUAUAUACCAAAGCUUUGUGAAAUGUUUUCUAUCAGUGAGGAUUUGGAAAAUAAAGAAGCUCUUCAACAAAUGGCUUCUAUCGCAAAGAAUCUCUUUCUUCUUAAUAAUAAUGCUGUUUUGAAUGAACUUGUUGAAGACAAAUAUUUUAAAAAUAUAGUCGGAAUGUUAGAAUAUGAUGUUUCAUCAUCAGAACCCAAAAUGCACAGGAACUUUCUUUGGGAGCGUUCUCGUUUUAGGGAAGUUUUGCCAAUCAGUUCUGAAGAGUUGAAAUCAAAGAUUCAUCAAACUUUUCGGCUUCAAUAUGUCCAGGAUGUUUGUCUUCCUGCGCCUUCUAUAUUUGAAGAAAAUCUUUUGACUGUUUUGAGCAGUCAUCUUUUCUUUAUGCGUGCAGAGAUUGUUAAUUCUCUUUUGAAUGACAAGAACUUGAUGCAAAAGCUCUUUGAAGGUCUUCGAAAUCCAGACAUCACCCCAGAUACACAAAGAGAUUUGACAAACUUUUUGAAGGAAUUCUGUUCUUUUGCACACUCUCUUCAACCCACUGGUCCACAAGGAAGAGAACAGUUUUUCAAAACUUUAAUGGCCAACAACGUCCUCGAGAUUAUUGAUCCUUGUAUUAGUAGCCCAUUAGCUUCAACACGAACAGCGACAGUAGAACUUCUAUCAAUAAUUGUGGAUUUCAAUGCGCAAAUAUUUCGUGAUUUUCUUGUUAGACAAUUUAGAAUUGUUCCUGAAUCUAAAAAUAGCUCUUUACUCAUUAACAAAUUGAUCAAUCAUAUGCUUAGCGAUAAAGAUCCCGAAUUUACUUCAGCCCAUCAAAUAGCUAAUGCAAUUCGAAUUUUGUUGGAUCCAGAGAGUAUUGUUUCGAAAGGAGAAAAGGGUGAAUUUUUACAAAUGUUUUAUAAACGAGCGAUGAAUACACUUUGCGCUCCAAUACACGAAAAUGCCAAAAAUGGACAUCCAAUUUCUGAUAGUUAUUACAUGGCAAAUAAAUUGACUCUUGUAAUCGAUUUGCUUUGCUUUUUUGUGGAACAUCACAGUUAUAACAUGCGUACUUAUGCCAUACAAAGAGGAAUGCUUCUUUCUAUUCUUGUUUAUUUGAAAAGCAAACAUCAUUUUUUAGCUCAUUGCGCUCUACGUUUACUACGUCGAAUUAUCGGGUUAAAGGAUGAUAUUUAUUUCCGUCAUAUUUGUGAUAAAUCAAUUUUGGACCCUGUUGUUGAAUGCUUUGAAGCGAAUGGAUCACGCUACAAUUUGCUCAACUCGUCUUUAAUUGAAUUAUUUGAAUAUAUUCGAACGGAAGAAAUUCGUCCACUUAUGCAAUAUGUAGUACAAAAACAUUGGGAAACUGCAUUUAGUAAAGUUGAAUAUGUCCGGACUUUUUCUGUAAUGAAAACCCGUUGUGCACAAUUUGCUGAUACUUUUUCGUUCGAACGUGAUUCUGCUUCCAAAGAGAACACUGGCUUGGCAAUGACACCUCCACCUAAUUCACAAUGGAGAAAAGAACGUGAACACGAUGAUGAGGAAUUAUUCUUUAGUAAAGAAGAGGAGGACGAAAUGCCAGCACCGCAAUUACGUAAAUCUGGUAUGGAACCAAUGUUUCCAUCACUGGCCAACCGAAAACGCAAAGCUCUUGAUGAUGAAGAUAGCAUUUCGUCUGUCUUUGGAGGCAAUAUUACACCUCCGGCUGGUUCAAACGUGCGAAUAUCAAAAAUAAUGAUUCGAAUGAAUACGAAAGAAAUUACUCCUACUCCUCGUCAAUCCGUUGUAGUGCAACAACAGCUGCCUCAACAACAAGCAGUGGAUUCUACGGUUGAACCAGAUACAUUGCCGCCAUUCGACGAGCCAAAACCUCAUCAACAACAAUCUACAGCCAUAUCAACUACAACUUCUUCAACAACAGAUUCGUGCAGUACAGACAGUACAACCACAACAACUAGCUCUUCUUCACCACCUUCCUCAACUACACUCAAACGUCCCUUAGUUGAUUAUGAUCUCAGUGACGACGAUGAUGAUGACGGCGAAGGAAAUGGAAAAGAAUCAAAAUUAUCAAAAUCUUUGUCUCGGUCUCAAACAAAAAUAGUCGUUGGGGAAGAAAAACAGCCAAAUAAAAUACUCAAAUUAUCGACAGACGAAACGCCAGAUUCAUCGAGAGAUGCUUCAUCUCCACCACCCGAUCCAGAACAAAAAGGAAGCGAUCGAAUGGGUGGAGGGGGAAGAGGAGGUGGAAAUGGACAACAACAAGAUAUUUCAACAUCAUCAUAA